ACUCCUUCCCUUAAACGCGCGCUCAGAGCGAGCAGUGGAGCGCUCGUGAAUCGCACGCUGCAAAAAGUAGAUCAACUCCGCACCGCACACUUUCACUCACAUGGACUAGUCGUGAAUUUGGGGAUGCUGUCGCGGGGAGUUUUACCUUCUGCCGUAGCCCUUUCCAAGAAGGACAACGAGUGUAACAUGAGUGUUUGACGCUUUAAAAAAACAACAACAACAUUGUUUUCAAUUGGGCCCUUUAACUUGGAGAGAAUCAUGCCGGAGCGUAUCAGUAUUUCGGAUUUCGUGGCUGUGACAAACGAGGACUUAAGUUCACCGGGUACUUCGAGUUUUCAGUCAAAAAUUAGUGAAUGUAGGAACACGGUCGCUGCUGUUGAAGAGUCUUUGGAGUUCGACCAGAGCACCUUGCAGAGGAUGAAGAAGAUGGUCAAGGGCAUCCACAGCUCUGGACUAAGUCACGUGGAGAACAACGAGCAGUACAUCGAGGUGCUGGAGAACCUGGGGAACAGUCACCUGACCCAGGAGAACAACGAGGUGUCGACGGGGUUCCUCAACCUAGCUGUCUUCACCCGGGAGGUCACCGCACUCUUUAAAAACCUGGUCCAGAAUCUGAACAACAUUAUCUCGUUCCCCUUGGAGAAUGUCCUGAAGAGCGAGCUGAGGGACAGUAGAAUGGAGCUGAAGAAACAGUUGGAGAAAAGCUGGAAGGAAUAUGACAUCAAAGCUGGGAAGUUGGAGAAGGAGAGAAGGGAAAAAACCCGUCAGCUGGGCCUGAUCAGGAUGGAGGGGUACGACGUGACCGAAGACAUGGAGAGAGAGAAGAGGACCUUUCAGUUGCAGAUGUGUGAGUACCUGCUGAAGAUCCAGGAUCUGAAAGUCCGCCAGGGUCCAGACCUGCUCCAAAGUCUCAUCAAGUACUUCCAGGCCCAGCUCAAUUUUUUCCAGGAUGGCUUGAAGGCCGCAGAGAACCUCAAUCCUUUUGUGGAUAAGCUGGCAACAUCUGUACACAAGGUGCGUCAGAGCCAGGAGGAGGAGGUGAGACAACUCUCUCAGCUCCGGGACUCCCUCCGACUGCUUUUACAGGUGGAGGGGAAAGAGGAAUACUUGAAUAGAAAGAACUCUGGCAACGGCUACAGCAUUCACCAGCCCCAGGGCAACAAGAAAUAUGGCACAGAGAAGUCAGGCUUUCUCCAGAAGAGGAGUGAUGGGAUUAGGAAAGUGUGGCAGAAGCGGAAGUGUGGUGUGAAGUAUGGCUGUCUGACCAUCUCCCAUAGCACGAUUAACCGACCACCUGCCAAGCUCAACCUUCUGACCUGUCAGGUACGACCCAAUCCAGAGGAGAGGAGGACCUUUGACCUGAUAACACACAACCGGACCUACCAUUUUCAAGCAGAGGACGAGCAGGAGUGCAUGAUUUGGGUGUCCGUGCUGCAGAACAGUAAGGAGGAUGCUCUGAACGCUGUGUUGGGAGGGGAACAGCCUCAGCAAGAGCUGGCCAGGACCAUCAUCACAGAGCUCAGACAGAUGCCUGGCAACGAGGCCUGCGCUGACUGUGGGGCCCCAGACCCCACCUGGCUGUCCACCAACCUGGGCAUCCUGACCUGUAUAGAAUGUUCUGGAAUCCACAGAGAACUGGGCGUCCACUACUCCCGGAUACAGUCGCUCAAGCUGGACAUGCUCAGCACCUCCGAACUCUUGCUGGCGGUCAGCAUUGGUAACACACGGUUCAAUGACAUCAUGGAGGCCAACCUACCGAAUGACUCCAUCAAACCCCUCCCUCAGAGUGACAUGAACGCCAGGAAGGAGUACAUUGUCGCCAAGUACGCAGAGCGCCGCUACGUGCUGCGGAGGGACCGGGAGGACGGCGAUCCGUGGCGUGUGUCCCACGCCGUGAAGAACCGUGACCUGACGGCACUGCUGCAGCUUUAUGCCCAGGGGGAAGACCUGGCCAAACCUCUGGUACUGCCUGAGGGACAGGAUCUGAAAGAGACAGCUCUUCAUUUGGCUGUGAGGCUGGAGGAGAGGAGCUCUCUGGCCCUGGUUGACUUUCUUAUACAGAACAGUGGCUGUCUGGAGAAGAGGACCGCGGAGGGAAACACCGCUCUGCACUACAGCAUCCUCCACCACAAAACCGAGUCCCUCAAACUGCUGCUGAAAGCCAAGGCCAUCCUCCACACAGUGAACUCGUCGGGAGAAACAGCUCUGGACAUUGCCAGGAGACUCCAAUACUCCCAGUGUGUGGAACUGCUGGAGCUUGCCCAGAGUGGAAAGUUCAACAGUCAGAUCCACGUGGAGUAUCUGUGGGAGAUCCAAAGCCAGGAACUGUACGACAGCGAAGAUGACCUCGAUGAGCGGGUUAGCCCGUUACCGAAGACCAGCCGCUCCCCUCAGUCCUCCUGUGGAGGAGGGGUGUCUGCCUCGCCCACUCGCUGGAGCUUUGCCAACUCCAGUGCUCCGAUGGCGUGUAAGGCGUACGAAAACGUGGACUUCCUGUACCGGAACCACCCCAUCCAUAGCGCUCCGUCCCUCGUCCUCAUGCCCCCACCUCCACUGCCCGCCAAAACCAUCAUGAGGGGCCGCUCGGAGCCCGAGAUCUCCAUGUCCACCCAGGAGUUGGGCAACACCCCAAAGCGUAGCUGCUCCAGCCCUGCGCCCCAUUCUAGCCCCAGACACGGAUCCCCCUCCCCCAAACUGGAGGGUCCGGGGGUGCAGGGUCAGGGGGGGAGGCUGUCCAGGUUACCCCAAGGCCACUUGGGUCCCGUCAGCUCUGAGAAGACCACGUCGUACCGGAGGACCAGCAGUGGGGGCCAGGGGAAGUGUUCUGCAGCGGUGCCUUCCAUGGUGAACUCCCCGGUGACCUCGCCCAUCUGUGCGGUGCUGGGCAGUCAGGAGGAGCUGUACUGCAGCUUUGUGACCAAUAGUCCUGCCUGUGGAACUGCACUUGGCGCCCCAGCACCCACCUCCUCCUCCCCAGCACCCACCUCCUCCUCCCCGGUGUCCAACUCCUCCUCCCCGGUGUCCACCGCCUCCUCCUCCCCGGUGUCCACCCCCUCCUCCCUGGCGCCCACCUCCUCCACCCCGCCAAUCAUGGUUCCAGGGCCGCGCACACGCAGAAAUGCCAUGGUGUCUCAGCGAAGGCCGGCCCAGAAGAGGGUGAAGGCCCUGGUGGACUGCAGAGCAGUCAGCUCGGAUCAGCUGGCCUUCUUCAAGGACGAGGUCAUUGUUGUAACAGCCACCGAUGACCCCCACUGGUGGGUGGGUCACAUCGAAGGCUGUCUGUCCAGAAGUGGGUCUUUCCCAGUCAACUACGUCCAUAAAUUAGAAUCACCGUUGUGGAACAGCCCUACGCCCUAGCCUACACCUACGCCCUAGCCUACACCUACGCCCUAGCCUACACCUACGCCCUAGCCUACACCCUAUGCCCUAGCCUACACCCUAU